GGCGGGCGGAGGUGCCGGAUGGCGCCGGCCGGGCCCGGGCCGGUGUCACAGUCCGGGGCCACUGGGGGCUAUCGGGGCCCGGGCCGGUGUCACAGUCCGGGGCCACUGGGGGCUAUCGGGGCCCGGCCGGUUACAGUGGUUUUCAUUCACCUCUCGGUGUUUGCCCCACGAUCGGCAUCUUCCUCUGGCAAACAAGGCUUUAGGCCUGAAGGUGAAGCAGACAUAACCCGGCCUCUUAUCUACGGUAAACAAAGUUGAAAAGAUGGGGAAUGCUGAAAGCAAUGCCUAUCAGAAUCACCUUUCCAGAUUCCUUCCUGAGGAGCAGUCUGAUAUUGAUGGACUGUUUGAUACCUUAUCAGGAUCGAGCGGCUCAGCUGGAGCAAGAAAUCCCAAAGCUGCAAAGAAAACUGUAACUCUGGCAGCACUACAGGCACACACCCGGGAGCCCCUGCCAGGGCCAAUGACUGCUCGCUUGUACAAUGGAAUGAAAAGCAUUGACCUGCCUGGCAAAUCGUCGGGGCUCAGUGAGCAGAUUGCUAAGGAGCAGUUUGUAAUUUUUAUGUCAAACCUCUUAAAAGGGAAUGCAGAUGAGAAGAUUAGCAUAAUAAUGAGAAUGAUCUCCAAGACAGGAGGGCCUCUGAAGGGCAAACAAAUCCAAGAGUUCACAGAGGAUCUGAUCACUUCUGUAGUCCAUGUACUGAGCUACAGGAAGGAGCUGAAAGGUUGGAGUUUGGAGAAUACAAGGGAUUCUUCAAGCGGAGUCAAAGCUUUGGCUUCUGAGCUGCUCUCAGAAUUGAAGCUUCCAGAUGGGACAAAACUCAUGGGUUCUCAGCUGCUGGAGACAAAUUUUGACCAAAGUGUCAUUGAGGAUUGGGUGUACCGAGUUCCCCAGAUCUCAGUUUUCCUCAGCGUUGUCAUCAGGCAAGGCCUCCAAGUCCUGCAUUCCCUCCCAGACCAAACCAAUGACAUCCUCAACCUGGUUCCUCACUGCAAAGGCAUCAAAGGAAGAGGAGUUGUCAGUCUCUUUGACAUCCCAGCCAUCAUCUACAUCAACUCCCACCUGCCUGCAGAGAUGCAGCACAAGUGGCAGCUUUUAUUUUCCUCCAGGCUCCAUGGGGAGAGCUUCUCACAGUUGUGUGCUCAUAUAGUGAACAAAGGUCCUUGCCUGGUAAUCAUAAGGGACUUGGAUGGUUUCCUCUUUGGUGGGUUUGCAUCUCACUCCUGGGAGGUGAAGCCACAGUUCCAAGGUGACAACAGAUGCUUUCUGUUUUCUGUUUUCCCCACUCUGGCUGUAUACACAUACACAGGGUACAAUGACCACUACAUGUAUUUAAACCAUGGCCAACAGACUAUGCCAAAUGGACUUGGGAUGGGUGGACAGCAUGGCUACUUUGGGCUCUGGAUAGACAGUGACUACGGGAAGGGCCACAGCAAAGCCAAACCUCGAUGUACCACCUACAACAGCCCCCAGCUGUCAGCCAAAGAGGAUUUUACACUGGAUGCCAUGGAAGUCUGGGCAGUGGGAGAUGCCCCUGAGAGUGCAGGGAGAAAAGGUAAGAAGAGCAUCCUGGAUGUGGAUCCUCAGGCUCAGGCCUUGUUAGAAAUGGCUGGAAAGAGCCGUCAGAGCGAAGGUCUGCGGGAGCCCAUGGAGGAGGAUGAAGAUGAUGAUGAUGAGAACUAAAGGAGCCACAGUAACAUGAAAAACCUUUACUUUUAUUUGCUUCAAGUGGUGAUGAUGUUCCUUGGAGAAGAUAUUUUUUCCUAUUUUUUCCCCCCUUGAAUUUACCUAAUUGUCUAGGACAAAGCUUAAGCCUUGUACUUGUGUAAUAUUUAGGUCGAAAACACUAUUCUGCCUGAAGGGUUUUGUUUGGAGAGGACAAAAAAAAUAACUGGGGUCAUAAUCAUUGGGCAUGGCUGAGCUCCAGCUGAAUAUGAAUCUGCUUUCAUUCCCCAUAGAUCAUGUCUGCACUCUGAGUUAAAAGCAGCAGAAGUUAUUGACAGUAUGGCUUUCUGUCCUGGAGAAUUGAUAUGUACAUAGUUAUAUAUUUAUAAAGUCUGUUCAAGGCACUGAUUAAAGCUGAUACCUCAACUGCA